GAAAUUUCUAGACCACCCUACUAUUAGGUAUUAGGCGACGAGCCCGCCCCAACCGCCAGCAUUUAAUAUGUCCAUCGUCGUCCUAUUCGGGUAUUACAGAGGGGGUAGAUGUCGGAUUAUCUGAAGCGCUGUUGCCGAGAGCUUCCCGCCCAAGGCAACCCAGUAGUCCAUAGUGUGCGUGGUGUACUGCAUGCAGUUGCUGCGGGACAAAAAUGCCCGUCAAUAUAUAUCGCCAGCUGCAACAAGCUGAGCCCGCCGCCUCUUCUGAUGGCACUGAACCCUCUCCUCAAUCUCACCAACAAGGCGCCGCUGCAGGUCGUCGUGAACAAACCCUUGCCGAGACCUCUUCUGCCAUCAUGAGCAAGGUCGCCGUCUUGACCUCAUCCACGCACGAGCUUGGUGUGACAAUUCGCCAGCGCUCAGACCUCCUCGCCCUCCUCGGGCCAACCUUCACCCUUGCCGUCCGCUUCCAGAGGCUCGUCGCCGUUGCGUCGUGGCUUCUCCUUGUCUACGGCCACCUCCUCGCCACUACAACCCUCUCCUCGACCAUUAUCGCAACCCGGCUCUUCGCCGCCAACUCAUUCCUUCUGCUCAACGCAACGGCGUCGGCGCUUCGCAGGUCGCUGCGGCGUGCGUGGAACUCCAAGAAUGUUACAAAGCUGAGAAAGAAGUUCUUCAUGGAGUUCGCGACUACGAUACUGGGUCCAGGGUGUAACAUGCUGAUCGUGUUGGUCUUCUGGCCGGGCUGGAUGCUCGUCCUCGGCCUGCUUCUUGCCGUCCGGAUGAUAGCCGGAUGACAUGUCGCGAGACGAACGCCGCCUGGCCUGGCGUGAUUAUUCUUCACAUAGCAUACCAACGACCUCGACAAGUUUUGCAUCUUUACAGAGCAACAGGACCUGC